CUGGUCGACGUCACUCAUUGUCAAACCCCAGACACAGAUCCAGUGAGCGGGUAAAUACUUCCUCAAACACGGCGCGCCGCUCAUUCUCUCAGUUUACACAGCAGCAGAGACAAUAAGAGACGAUUUAGUGAAACCUCUCGGACGUUGACGUUGGCAGAGUGAUAUCUCACCAUGGCUCCGUUCCUGCGGAUUGCCUUCAAUGAUUUUCAACUGGGAGACCUUCCCCCUAUGACAGAGCAACCAUUCUGUGCCAUCAAGAUGAAGGAAUCCCUCAGCACAGAGCGGGGGAAGACACUGGUCCAGAGGAAGCCUACUAUGUACCCUGUGUGGAAAUCCACAUUUGACGCACAUAUCUAUGAAGGCCGUGUCAUACAGGUGGUCCUGAUGAAAACGGCAGAGGAGCCUUUGUCGGAGGCAACGGUUGGGGUCUCUGUCAUUGCUGAGCGCUGCAAAAAAAGAAAUGGCAGUGCUGAGUUUUGGGUGGACCUGCAGCCUUCUGGGAAGGUGAUGAUGUCUGUCCAGUUAUUCUUAGAGGGUUCAGACCUAGAUUCAAAGUCCUCAAUGGCUAUGAAAGAAGACGACGGCGCUCUCACAAUAAACAGGAGGAGAGGAGCCAUCAAACAGGCCAAAGUUCACUGUAUCAAGAACCACGAGUUCACAGCCACCUUCUUCAAACAGCCCACCUUCUGCUCGGUCUGCAGGGAGUUUGUGUGGGGUCUCAACAAGCAGGGCUACAAAUGUAGGCAAUGCAAUGCUGCUAUUCACAAGAAGUGCAUUGAUAAGAUCAUUGGGAGAUGCACAGGAACAGCGACCAACAGUCGAGAUACAAUGUUUCAGAAGGAGCGCUUUAAGAUCGACAUGCCACAUCGCUUCAAGACCCAUAACUACAUGAGCCCGACCUUCUGUGAUCACUGUGGGAGUCUGCUGUGGGGAAUGGUCAGACAAGGCCUCAAGUGUGAAGAAUGUAGUAUGAACGUUCAUCAUAAAUGCCAGAGCAAGGUUGCCAACCUCUGCGGAAUCAACCAGAAGCUCCUGGCUGAGGCUUUGACUCAAGUUAGCCUGAAAUCUUCCACAAAGCGUCCAGAUCCCACUCUGUCAGAAAUUGGAAUCUAUCAAGCCAUAGAUAAAAACGUGCCAGGGGACCCUACGGAAGGCUCUGGAAAACUGUGGGACGAUAUGACCCCUGCCCCUCACAGCACCACCAUCACAUCUCGUGUCUCUGUAAACAACUUUGUCUUCCACAAAGUACUAGGCAAAGGCAGCUUUGGAAAGGUGAUUCUCGCUGAGCUCAAAGGAAGGGGAGAAUAUUUUGCUGUAAAGGCCCUGAAGAAGGAUGUGGUGCUUAUGGACGAUGAUGUGGAGUGCACAAUGGUGGAAAAAAGAGUGUUAGCGUUAGCCUGGGAAAACCCUUUCCUCACACACCUCUACUGCACCUUUCAGUCGAAGGAGCACUUAUUCUUUGUGAUGGAGUAUCUGAAUGGAGGAGAUCUGAUGUUCCACAUUCAGGAUAAGGGCCGUUUUGAUUUGUACAGAACCACGUUUUAUGCUGCUGAAAUCAUCUGUGGACUACAGUACCUCCAUUCUAAAGGAAUUAUAUACAGAGAUUUAAAGUUGGACAAUGUGAUGCUGGACAAGGAUGGACAUAUUAAGAUUGCAGACUUUGGGAUGUGCAAAGAGAACAUGCUUGGAGAAAACAGAGCGACCACAUUCUGUGGCACGCCAGAUUAUAUUGCUCCCGAGAUCCUGCUGGGACAGAAAUACAGUUUCUCUGUGGAUUGGUGGUCGUUCGGCGUGCUGCUCUACGAGAUGCUGAUUGGCCAGUCGCCGUUCCAGGGCGAUGAUGAGGAUGAGCUGUUUGAGUCGAUCCGCAUGGAUGUACCUCACUACCCACGGUGGAUUACCAAAGAGGCCAAAGACCUGCUGGAGAAAUUAUUUGAACGGGAUUCAACUCGACGGCUAGGUGUUGUGGGAAAUAUCCGCGGACACGCCUUCUUCAAGACAAUCAACUGGCUUGCUCUGGAGAAACGAGAGGUGUCUCCCCCGUUCAAGCCAAAAGUGAAAUCCCCCAGUGACUGUAGCAAUUUUGACCGGGAGUUCCUCAGUGAGAAGCCCCGUCUCUCUCAAAGUGACAAGAACCUGAUAGACUCCAUGGACCAGUCUGCCUUUGCUGGCUUCUCUUUCAUUAACCCCAAAAUGGAGACCAUUAUAGAAAAAUAAGACAUUCACACCAGGAUCCUGUAAACCUGCCCAACUCAAAUCAAAACGGCGCAUAGGAGCCAGGAGUUCAACCAGUGUUACACUUGUUAUACUUUCUGGAUGGUCCAAAUAGAUAAUGCUGUAUUUAUGUCUUCUUCAAUCAAUUGAUCAAAACUUUAAAUCAAAACUUUAUUUGAUGAUGUACUAUAUUUGUUCAUGUAAUAUCUCUAAUGAAUGUUCAUGGGAUUAAAUGACGCCCUUACUAUCAUACAUCCAAACAGACAGACAAAAAGGGAUUUUAGAAACCCAAAGAAAGGGAAUGUAUAUUUUAGUCUGUAUAAUAUGCUGGGACUUUGCAAUCUGAUUGAAUAGUGGCCUUCUUAACACUCUUGAAUCCUUCUUGUUUUCCCUCAUACAACAUUUUAUUGUUAAACAGAAUCUCGUGCUAAGGUUUGUUUGUGGGAUAAUUUGGUGGUUAUUUUUUGUAUCUGUCCUCUCUUGUUGAUCUUGUUCUACAGUGUGAGUUGUAAUUAUAAGAUGCUGAUUUUGCCAGCGUGAGCUGAGCGUGCACAGAAUAGUGUUGUUUUUUUCCACUAUGGAUCUAUAAUGGCGGUCUAGUGUAGGUGAACCUAAAACCUCUUCAAUAUGAAAACCUACAAAUAUGAAUGUCUUGCCAGACAUAUUGUUAAUAUAUAGGGUUGCUUUUAUGGUACUGUAAUAGGUAGUAUAUUGGUACACUAUAUUGGUGGGUGGAGGAUAUACAUCUCCUAAGCAAGUGAGAGUAUAAAUAUAUGUCCUAUUAUUUAAUGUCGGUAUUUUAAUAACAAUACUGUAUAUAACAAUAUAUGUAUAUUAUUCUGAAUUGUUGUUGUUACUGGAGGUAAUAAUGUUGUCUUUUUUUUACUGAAUUUACUCCUCAGAACGCAACACCAUUAAAGGUUUCUUUAACUUAAA